CCCCUGGCCCUGCUGGGAGGGAUUUUCACUCUGAACUAUUUAAGGAAAUUACGCUCGAGCGGAGGAGGAGCAGGCCGGCCAGCGAGCAGCUGCUGCUGCCGGAGGGGGGGAAAUCCAGGGGGUGCAUCGCUGCUGCUGGGACGGGAGGAGACCCCCGCUCCCCCCCCCCAGCUGCUCAGGCGCUGCAGACCCGGGGCCAUAGAACAGGGAUCUGCUUUUCAUCAUUAGCAACCCAAGCUGGAUUCAAGCUGGUGAUCAAGGAGCGGGGUAAAUCCCUAACCCAGGGGGCAAUUCCACUCAGCAGCAUGACAAGCGAGGUGGUGGAGGAUGAGAUGGAAUUUUAUUCCAAGGCUGAGAAAUACUGGAAGGAUGUGCCGCCCACGGUGGACGGCAUGCUGGGUGGGUACGGCCACAUCUCCAGCAUUGACAUCAACAGCUCCAAAAAAUUCCUGCUUAAGUUCCUUCGGGAUGGCCCUAACAGGACGGGAACCGCCUGCGCCCUGGACUGCGGAGCUGGGAUCGGCAGGAUCACCAAGAGGCUGCUGUUGCCUCUCUUCAAAGCAGUGGACAUGGUGGAUGUGACCGAGGACUUCCUGACCAAGGCGAGGACCUACCUGGGAGAAGAGGGCAGGCGCGUGAGGAACUACUUCUGCUGUGGCCUGCAGGACUUCAGCCCCGAGCCCAACUCCUAUGACGUCAUCUGGAUCCAGUGGGUAAUAGGACACCUGACUGAUGACCACCUGUCUGACUUCCUGAAGAGAUGCAAGGUUGGCCUGCGCCCCAAUGGCAUUGUCGUCAUCAAGGACAACAUGGCCCAGGAGGGAGUCAUCAUGGACGAUGUGGACAGCAGUGUGUGCCGGGACCUGGACGUGGUGCGGAUGAUUGUCCGGCGCGCAGGCCUCAAUCUCUUGGCUGAAGAAAGGCAAGAGAACUUCCCUGACGAAAUCUACCACGUCUAUACGUUUGCCAUGAGAUGAACCCGGGCUGGGAGAGGCUGUUUACCAAGAGGUACCACUGUGCCAGGACCAGCCCAGCAGGCCCCUUCUGGGGGGAUCAGGAGGACACCUAUCGUGUGGUCCAGACACUUCAUGGUUAAAAUUCAGGGUGGGGUGGGGUGUCCUGAAUAACCCUGCUGGGGCUGGCUGGAAAGAUCGGGGUGGGUCUUCUGCGUUGCUGCUGUUUGUGAGAAAAGACAGCUGCCAAAUACACUCUCCUGCUGUUGCACCUCUGUACACAGACUCUGCUUAAACACGCCCACGCCACCUACCCAGGCUGGAGGCUCCCUAGAGAGGAGAAGCCUUGAUGCUGCACCAGAUGGGGGUACGAGAGGCAGAGUACCCUGCAACUAUCCUGCCUUGGUUUGUUUGCCUGCCGCCAGACGAUGCUGUGUGCGCUAGGCCUGAACCCCGCUCAGGUCAGGGCGUGCGGAGGAGGCCGCAGCACCAGCUCUCCCUGCUGCAAGGGAGCCAGGAGGAGAUGCGGGGUAGAACUCACUGGCUCCUGCUCCAUCUCACUACUUCGCUGUUCCUAACCCUCCUCUGGGGUCAGUUCAGCGAGGCGUUUCUUGCUGCCUUCCCAAAACCAGUCUGAGGCAGGAGGUUGUAGGUUCCUGGGACGUGAAAUCUGUCACAAAGGCAGAGAGGGGUAGAUGCUGGGGCUCGCUUACAGUGAUGGAAAAGGGGUGAUUUUGUUUGUUUGGCCUCUCUCCAAGAUCUAUGCCAUUUCCUCAGGAUGGAGCAGAUCUUCCCAAGGGGAGGAAGAAAAGAGGCUCUGGGGCUAUCGUGGGGUUUUAUAUGGCUGCCCAUCACUGCUGUAUCUUCCGCAAAAUCAGUAGUAAUAGCAAAAUCGUUAGUGUCUUCAUGGAAUCGCGGGAAGUUUUUCAGAGCAAAAACUUUCAAGAUUUGACUAAAUCCAUAUUUAUCUGUGCGGGGGUGGGAGGCGUAGGGGUUGAGAGGCCAGUGCCCCCUUCCCCAGGGUUAAUACCCAACCUCAGCCGGGACCAGCUUGCCUGCUGUACCUGUUGGACAGUUGAGUUGGGGUUGUGUUCUCAUGUCCAGGAGAAAGGAAAUCUCGCACCCUAACGGAUUUUAAAAAUAAUGUUGCUGUAGCCAAGUACCCAUUACCAGAGACUCCAAAUCCAGCCCUGGCCCCUCGCCCAGAGCGGGGGUUGUGCGGGUAGGCUGGCCCCCCACUGCUGGUGCCCGUUGUAGAAUUACAGGCUAGGAAGUAUUUGCCACUUCCUGAGUGAGCUUGUUCCAAGCAAGCACAGUCCGGGCCAGGGUAAGGGCUACUGCUGCGUCCCGCUUGCUCCAGGCAGGCAGGCCGUCUUACACGGCUGUUCUAGCAUUUCAGGGUGGGAGCCUGCGCCAGGCCUUGCACACCACCCCCGCCGUAGCAACUUCCCCUCCGUUACCGCUCGGCGCGUGACCGCUGAGCAGCAGCCCACAAGGAAACGCUGACUGGUGGAGGAGCUCGGGGGGGAGUUCAGGGCUUGUCUGCAUGGUGAUUUAGUGCAAGCCAGGCUGCGACUCUGGCGCUCGCUAGCUUUCGAUUUGCACCCUGGCUUGCCCUGCGCUACGUCACUGCGUAGACAAACCCGGCCAGCCCAGGGCAGCCCAUUCUGGGCUUUUGUACUUUAACCAACCCCCCACCAUUUAACCUGGAACAAGCAGCUGCCUUAGCCCCUGGGACCUGCUACUGAGUCGGCCUGUGUUGGAGAGAGCAACCGUGGUACUUAGGCAGGAAUUCAGCUCCCAAGGGGCACCCUCCCUUAUUUCAGUGCCCCGCUUGGGAAAUUAGUCACCCUCUUGAUUAACCCAAGGGGGGGAGAGCAGGCCCAGUGGCUGCUCUGUUUUGGGUAGGGCCAUGGACCAGCAGAGUAACAGGCUAUGGCGUCUAACUUCAAUGCUUGACAGCGUUAGUACCUUUUUAUGCACAGCCCUUACUGGGCUGCCAGCAGCAAGUCCCCCGCUGGCUGGGAGGAGGGGAAGAUCCCUCUCGUGCAGCCAGCAUGCAGGUAAGUGAUGUGAUCAAGUGCCCAGUACAGAACUGGGAAUAAAAUGUUGGCGUCCUGCCUGCAGGGCCAGGCUUU